AUGAUGUCUCCAGAUGACUUAUCCAUUGUAGUUUCUUCAGUCUUGGGACUGGUCUUGGCAAUACCUUCUAACACUUGUAUUGUGAUGGGUUAUCUGGACAUCAUCAGAAAGAAAGGGAAGUUGAGUCCCUCCGAUGUGAUCUUUCUGGGGAAGGGAAUUGUGAAUAUUCUCCUCCAGUGUGUGCUGAGUAUAGAGGGCAUGAUCCAUGUCUUGUGUCGGGUGUUAAGAUCUGUUAAAGAAUUAACUGAAUUUAUGAACACAUCAAUUUUCAUCCUAUUUUAUUACAACUUCUGGUUGACCUUCUGGCUCUCGGCUCAUUACUGUACCAGCAUCACCAAUCUCAGCUAUGGGUUCUUCAUCUGGAUAAAGAGAAUUGUGUCCAAUUUCCUGAGUCACCUUCUAUUCCUGACAGCACUUGGGGUGUUCAUAGUGAGAGUCCCGGGCUUCUUAGCUAUCAAUGCAGAAAGUAUCCCAUCUUCUGAGAACAGAACAGAAGACUCUGGUAAAACUUUCCAUAAAAUGUUUUCCUAUGUUGUGCCUGCAAACACCCUAGGCUGCAUUCUUCCAUUCUCUCUUAGUCUUCUGUGUCUGGUCCUCACUUUCUCCUUUCUGCUCAGACACGUCUGGAGGGUGAAGAAUAACGACUCGGGAUCAACACGUCCAAAUCUUCAGGCUCAUGUCACGGCACUGAGGACAAUCUUCUUCUUACUUCUCAUUUCUGCAUUUUUCUGUGUGUCUCAAGUGGACAUUUUUUUUCAAAAUUCCUCAGAAUUUCAAGCAGUCAGUUGGAAUUUACAAAUAUUAUCCCCAUCGGUGGAGGCCGCCAUCAUUUUCCAGGCCAGCAACAAGCUGAGAAGGAUCAUUCUGAGAAGAUUCUGGACCAGAAGCCGGAGAAACACAGAGACUUAA